AUGAGCAUUCUAAAAUUUGAUAUAUUUUCUUCUGAAUUUUUAUUUAAUAUAGGAAAUUAAAAAUAUUGGAAAAGAGGCAACUACUUAGGUUUGGUAUUAUCUAUACUCUCAGCUGGAGUUAUGAUAUUUUACUUUGCUUAUUUAGUUAAUCAGUAUAGUAAUAACUUAAUCAGUCCAAAUUUUAGAUCUUAGAGUUUCAUCACAAAUAAUAGGAAAGAUGUAAUACUCAGCUAGGAUCUAGUAGGUUUUUAGUUUUAUUACAAUGCAUCUAUGACUAUAGAUCAGUAUUAAGAAAUUUAAAAUAAAACAUACUUUGUCUUUAAGGCAGCGCUUUUUUAUUAAGAUACAAAAAAUAAAAUUUAUUAGAGGCUUAAUCUCGAUGUUAUUAAAUGUACUAAUAGUUAAUUAAGUGGUUUCUACUGUGUUGAUUUUUCUAAAGUCAGUAACUACUCUCUCUUAAUCGAUACAAGUAACAAUAAUCUGAAGGUAUCUAACUUAUAUAUUAAUAUGUAUGGCUGUCUAGAUAUAGACAGCUUUAAACAAAAUAUUCCAAGUAACUGUGCUGAUUAAACUGAUAUAGAAAAUGUCAUUCAAGGAUUUAGUUCCUUCUUCUAUACAAAAGCUAAAUCAUAGCAAUACAAUACAACUUCAAAGCAAAUAUAAACAAAUUAUAGGACUAUACCAAAUUUUUUAUAAGUUAAUUUAACUACUUUUAAUACUCUCUAUAUGUAAAUAUAAGAGACUGAAGUUGUUUAGGGAUUAAUAUUUUAAUAGCAAGAGUCAUACACUUCACCCUAUAAUUAUAAUUAAAUAGUCUCUACCUCUGAUAAAAAGCUUAGUUUAAAGAAGGGAGUAGGCCCGUACUUGGGAAUAACAUUUUAAAUUGAUGAAAUUGUUUGGUAAUUUCAUAUUUAAUAUCCUACAAUAACACAAAUCUUAUCACUAGUCAAUGGAGCUGCUUUUAUAAUUGUUAUUUGUAGAAGUAUUGGUAGAUCUUACUCCUAAUAGCUAAUUAAAUAAGAUUUCUUUAUGCUUUUCCUUCAAAACAUCUUUAGAGGUAAGUAUGAAUAGAUUCUUAAGCAUAAUAGUUAUAUUUAAUAAAAAAUCGAAAAUAUUCCUUAAACAGAUCAUACGACAUCUAAUUAAACAGAUUAUGUUAUUGAAAAACGUGAUAAAAAAUAAAUUUUUAUUCCUUUAUUCUCAACUAAAUCAAGAGAUUAUGUUGAAAAAAACUAGGUGAAUAAUUAAAUAUAGGAAAAAUCAGACAUCUUUUCAAUAUCUAGUAAUGGGUAAGAUAAUUUAAAUCAAAUAAACGAUGAUCAAACAAUUGAUUAUAUUUUUAAGAAUAAAAUCAAAAAAAAAAAACCUUAGCAUGAAAAAAGUAAUUUUUAAAACAAUUAGUUAAAUAGUACUUUUGGAAAUUCUUCUAAUAGUAUUUCAUAAAGUCCAAAAUCAAUUUUUGAAAAGAAGUAAUGUGAAAGCUAAAAAAAAUAAAUUUAGUCUAAAUCAAAAGAUCAUAAUUUUAAAGAAUAUUUAGAAACUUAAUAUCAAAAUAUCCUUGAUUUUAAUACUUAAAGUCAUAAAAGUGAACACUUGACUAGUAACUUAGCAAAGAAUUUCAAAAUAAUUCAAAGCAAAUCUAUUCAAUAAAAAAUAAAAGAUUUCAUUUUUCGGUUUAAAUUUUUCAAGUCGAAGAAAUAUUAUUCAUCUAAAGGGAUAGAAAAGGAACUAAUUAAGAAAAUAUUUAGCGAAGUCCACUUAACAUUAGAUAUUUUCGAACUUUUUAAAGAUAUUUUUUUUUUGAAAAAAGCAAUUACUAUGCUGCUCAGUCAGGACUAAUUGGCAGCUAUUUAAUGUAUUGGCCUUACUGAAAAUUAUCUGAACUUAAAUUAAUAAAAAACAGAUUUUAUAUAAAAAUGUAAAUUUUAUUUUAGAAUUAAAAAAUAAAACUAUAUUUAUGUUUUAAAUUAUAAGAUAAGAGCACUAACCUCAGCUACUUUGAAAAACAAUUUAGCUUAUUACACUCUUAAGAAUUAUAAGAAUAGCAUAUAAAUAGCUUUUUUAAAAAGUUUUAUGAAAGUAAAUAAUAAAAUGAAGUUGAUUAAAGAAUAGUUUCUUCUAUCUUCAAAAAAGAUUAUGACGAAACAUUUGUUUGCUGAUAAAAAAUAAAACACCUUGCAAUAAUAAAAAAUAAUCAUCGCUAUUUAUUAGCAAUGA